GCUGUCCAGGCGGAGCUCUACUGUCCGUGUGCGGGCUGUCUACCGCCUGGCCCUCUCUCCCUGCCUGCCACUCUCCACUGCCCGGCCUCCACGUGUGCUCGCACUGCUGGGUCCUGUAACCUGAGCGCCCUGGACUCGCAUCAACGCUCUCUGGAUGGUUCAGAGGAGCUUCCAUAACGCCCCACGUCCCGUGCGCAGGCUGCUGAGGCUCAGUCUCCGGAUAGGUACCGAGAAAUUGAUGAUGUUACCUUGAAUUUUCUCAUCAAUGUCUCUGAUCUUGAAUAUCUUAAGAGAGAUUCUGGCAUAUUUUGGUGUUCCCAUAGACCAGGUUUUACUGACUUGGAAAAAUAAAAAUAAAUAUGGAUCAGCUCGGAGUAUUGUUCGUAUUAUUGGGAAAAUACUUCCUUUAGAACCUUGUCAAAGACCUAAUUUUGAGUUGAUCCCACACUUGAACUCUGUGGAAUCUAAUAAUUGUGGAUCUGUGGUUCCAUCUUUUGCUGAUAUUUUGUGUGUGGCAAAUGAUGAAGAAGCUGGUCACCUCAGAUAUCGAAAAAGCACAUGGGAAAAGGAAGACAAAGAAUUUGAAUUUUUUCCUCCUUUGCAACCAGCUCGGUUUCACCUGUCACCUGGGCAGAACAUGCGCAUGGAAAAUGAUGUACCUGUAAGCAAAGCUGCGAUUGAAAAGCUGGCUGCCCUUGAAGAUGAGCUAACUUUUCUUCGCUCUCAGAUUGCUGCAAUUGUGGCGAUGAAGCAACUGAGUAGUGGUAGAAAUUCUGGUUCCUGUGACUUGAAUGAAGACAGUGGCGUAGGAGGGACCCCAUCAUCAGCUCAACUGAGAGCAGAUCCAGAUCCAGAUCCAUUUCCAAAAUCAGCGGUUCCUCCUCCUCCACCGCCACUUCCUCCUCACUGUCCUUCUCUCCAGCCUCCAUGGAGCCCCCCCAUACAAUCUGGAUCUACCGAUGUUGGUGACUCAGAUAUUCCAGUAACUGAAGUGAAAAGGCAGCAUUCAAGUAUGAGGAAGAACAUUUAUAAUCAUUCCCCAGACCAAAGAAAUGCUGGUGUUCCAAACAUGUUGGAUGUUCUAAAGGACAUGGAUAAGGUGAAGCUUCGUGCUGUUGAACGGUCACCAGGUGGUAGGCCCAUUCAUAAGAAGCAAAGACGAAGUUCCCAGUGGGAUCCAGUAUCUCUAAUAUCACAUGCACUGAAGCAGAAGUUUGCAUUUCAACAAGAUGAUUCCUUUGACACAGGAGAUAGAUCUUGGGAAGCUUCUCCAUUUUCUAGUCCAGAAACUUCAAGGUUUGGACAGUGAUCUAAGGGAAAAAAAAUAGGUAUGAUUCCUGGGAAGAGAGGUGGAGGAAUGUGCCACAUGUCCUCCUCUGCCUUUCCAAGGCACACAUCCUCUGUUGGUGAGGCCUGAGGAAGACUCUGCGAAUUAUGUGCUUCUGGAGUUCGGAAGGAAGAUCCAGAGUUAACUGGCUACUGAAGAGAGUUACAGCUAUGAUUUUUUUUUCUGUGUACUAAUAUUAUUGAUAGUAGACUAUAUACCUCAGUAUUUUAAACCAACUGUGAUUUCCUAAUUUAAGUGCCUUUGAAUCUUUUAAAAAUUGUCAGCAAUCUGGUUUACUUGGCUUCCAGUAACCUGGAGAUUGUCAAAGAAAAUGCAAUUGUAAUAUUUUUCAUUAAGAUGGCAUUCAUUUUAAUCAUAUAGAUUUGAACUUCUCCUGACAUAAUUCUUAGAAGUACAUUCUGACCAUUAAGUGCUACAAAAUGGAAGUAGAAUUUUAAGUUUUGCCCAUAUUUGCUAUGUAAAUAUAUAUUUCUGACUUUUGUUUCCUGUGAUCCUUACUAUGUUUAUACUCUGUUCUUUUGUAACUAAACUGUACAAUAAAUGUGUCAUUUGAGCUUG